AUGUCGGCAUCUCCAUCUGCGUUGCAAUCGACCAAGCGUCCUCUAGAGGACCCUUCCUCGCCGUCCGGCCCCAAUGACCAACCGGAGGCCAAGCGCCCCGCUUUGGACAAAGUAGUAAAGGGUGAUGAUUCGGAGGCCUACGCCGAUGUCAAGACCGAAGCUGCUGGUGCCCCCAGCGGGAACGCCGAUGGCCAAGGUGACACGGUGGUUCCCGACGCCCCCAACGCCAAGGGGCCUUCGUCGGAAACCCAGCCCAUCCAGUCCACCGCGUCUCACACCGAGACCGGUGGCAGUGAGGAAGACCAGCAGCGUCCUCAGGACGAGUCCAGCUGGGUUCAUAUCCGCGCCGUCAUCUCCAGCCAGGAAGCGGCUACGGUAAUCGGUAAGGGUGGGGAGAACGUGUCUCAGAUCCGUCGUCUGUCAGGUGCCAAAUGCACCGUCAGCGACUACUCGCGUGGCGCGGUGGAGCGUAUCUUGACGGUGAGCGGUCCACAAGAUGCGGUCGCUAAAGCCUUUGGUUUGAUCAUCCGUACCCUGAACAACGAGCCCCUUGAUUCUCCUUCCACUGCCCAAUCCAAGACAUACCCCUUGCGCUUGUUGAUUCCCCAUCUUCUCAUUGGUUCGAUCAUUGGCAAGGGUGGGAGCCGGAUCCGCGAGAUCCAGGAAGCGUCCGGCGCGCGGCUCAACGCCUCCGAUGCCUGCCUUCCCCUGUCCACCGAGCGGUCCCUGGUGAUCCUGGGUGUGGCCGAUGCCGUGCACAUCGCCACCUACUACGUCGCCGUGACCCUGGUCGAGCAGCUGACGGAGCGCUUCGGCGGCCCCGCGGCCUCCGCGUAUGCCACCCGCAGCGGUGGCCCCGCCGGCGCCGUGCCCGGUGGCAUGCAAGUGGUGCCGUAUGUGCCGCAGCCGGUGGGUGGUCAGUACGGCCAUCCGGACACCUUCAAGCGCCAUCACCCCCAUCCCAACCGCGCGGCGGCCGGUUCCUACGGCGUUCCUUACCUUCACGGACAGCCCGCUCCUGCCCCGGUUGCCCAGCCGGCCAUGCCCUACGGUGCCACCCCGCACACCCCGUACGCCGGCGCCGGGCCGCACCAACCGGCUCCCUACGGCACGCCGCAGCCGGCACAGGCCCGUGGCGGCCCUGCGCCCGUUGCCCCCGUGGGUGGAGCCCUCCCCGGUCAGCCGCUAACCCAGCAGAUCUACAUCCCCAACGACAUGGUGGGAGCCAUAAUCGGCAAGGGCGGUGCCAAGAUCAACGAGAUCCGCCACCUCAGCGGCAGCGUGAUCAAGAUCAACGAGCCCCAAGAGAACAGCAACGAGCGCUUAGUGACCAUCACGGGCACCCAGGAGUGCAACCAGAUGGCUCUGUACAUGCUGUACUCGCGACUUGGUGAGUAA